CAUUGUAGCCUUUGCAUUGUAGCUAUGGUAAUCUUACACUCAUUGAAUGUACAUGAAGGUAUGUAGCACGUGCAUUCUUUGUAGCAUUCUUUGUAGCAGCUAAAUGCAUACCGGUAGCUUUAUUGUCAGAAGAGUAGCUAAUCAAAGAGCAGCAACCAUUACCAGGGCUGGCAGUGGCUGGCAUGGACUUCCUCCAAGUGAUGUUGCUAACUCAAUACCUCCUGCUCCACCAGUAUGCUCACUCCACUCCACUGGCUGAAGAGAGAGAAGGAAAUCUCCUUAUCAAACGAGCAAGCCUCACUGAAGAACAUGAUAAUAAAUGCGCUAUAGCGGGUGACGAUGUACUACACAGUGUUACUGAAUUGGUUAAUGAGAUGUCACUACCUGGACUGAAUAGAAGUGUAUGCUCCACGUCAGCUACACAAGGAAACCUAUCCUGCACAGAGCUCUACCAUUUUGUCAAUCAGGUGCUACUAAGGCUAAAUGUGACUACUGAGUGUUGCCUUGAAAAUGGGACACAUUGUGGGGACGAUCACGACCACGACCACAUGUCAAGCACUGCAGAAGUUUAUGGUUACGGCUUCCUAAUGAUACUGGCUGUGAGUGCAUGUGCUCUACUCGGUGUUCUCGCACUCCCUCUGGUGAGGAAGAAAUCUGGAGUUGGACAGCUGUACAAGUACUUCUACUCACUCAUGAUAGCUAUGGGAGCUUCAGCUCUCUUCUGUGACGCUGUACUCCAUCUUAUACCACAAGCGUUUCAUCUCCAUGGUCACUCAGGGGAGGAGGAGGCUGGUGCUGAAGAGGAUCAGUCGUUCAUUUGGAAGGGCAGUGUUAUCAUCGCUGGCACUUAUUUCUUCUUUCUGUUUGAGACCAUCCUCCAUUCUCGUACAGCUCACCGCCAUACGCAUGAGGGUGAAACUGUAACAGGGAAAAUUGACAACAAGGAAGCUGACACAUCUUCAGUACACAGUAAUGAUGGUCUGCUCACUGACACUGACACUGAGAAGCGUUAUGGAGGAACUGGUAAACAUGAGGGGGGCAAAGAGCAUACAGAGUCUGUGAAAACAGAAGAGCCACAAGUUCGAGUCUACACUGCUAUGGAUACAAACUGUUUUGCAAGGACAGUGCAGUAUCUGUUCAAAAUGAAACCUCUAGCCUGGCUCAUCAUAUUUGGAGACGCUAUCCACAACUUUGCUGAUGGUUUGGCUCUGGGGGCAGCCAUUGCUCAGAGCCUCUCUCUUGGAGUCAGCACUAUGAUCGCUCUCAUCUUCCACGAGAUACCUCACGAACUAGGUGAUUUUGUGAUUCUCCUGUCUACUGGGAUGCGAUGGCACACUGCACUCUUCUUUAGUCUUGUUUCACAAAUCACCGGGAUUGCCGCUUUCUUUGUGGGCGUGGCUAUCAGUACAACCAGUGAGGAUGCCAACGGUUGGAUACUGGCCGUGGCAGCUGGGAUCUUCCUCUAUAUUGCUCUCGUCGAUUUGCUUCCAGGAUUAAUUCACAUAUCUGACAAGGGUUGUGUUUGGUGGGGGAGGUUUGCCAUGAUCAACCUCGGAUUCACGCUCUCCUUUAUUGCUCUUCUACUGUUGGCCAUCUUCGAAGAUGAACUAAAUAAACUCAUCUCAUCGUAGCACAUUUCAAAUUUUAAUUACAUAUUGUUUUUGAUUCUCCUGUUUUCAUGAUUCCUUAGGAGACACACAUACUUGCAAAUGUGUGUGUGCCAUGUCCCUUGGUGUGAAUUUUGUGUACACCGUUAUAUGGCUGUGAUGUCAUACAUUGUUACAUAAUCGAUAAUAA